AUGCCUCCAGCCUUGGUUUCUGUUAUACUGCCUCUUGCCGCGCCGCCGCCGCCUGCCAUCGAGCCUCUCGUCUGCGCCUGCACCUCCCCCUUACUGCCUCGGCUUCUCUGUGAAGGUUUCUAUGUCUGGCCCCAGGAUCACGGCUCUUCGAGCUCGGCUUCCUCCACCAACAAUAAUCUGCGUGCACUUGCCCAGGAUGCCACAAGGGUGUUCAAAAUUCCACACAAGGUGAUACUUGAGAUGCUCCUUGCAAACCUUGGCCUAGGCCCACCCCAGUAUGAGUAUGCUGUCCAUGAGGAUAGUAAAGUUCGCGUUACCGUUAACUUCAACACUUCUGGUCUGGAUCCUGGAGGCUCAAUUGUUGACGUGUCCGUGCCUGGAGAGUAUUGCAUGGACGAGGUCACUGCCGAAGAUAGCGCUGCUAUCAAAGCAGUCAGAUACAUAGAGACUAUGACCAACACGGUUGUCAGAGACAUAAACUAUGCAAAAACAAAGCGCCAGGAAAAUCGUAUCGCCUUCCUUGAAAAUCGGAUCAAAGAAUCAGAAGUCAAAGGCAAGAAGCUUAGCAGAGGUUGGCAUCUGUCUACCAGAUAUAUGUACUACUUUUCUGAACAAAUGCGAAAUGCGGCUGCGAUGAACCUCCCUUUUGGAGAUCUCCCAGAUGUAGUUGAAUACAGGAGCGGUCGUCUCGCAAGGGCGCUGCAAAGAAGAAUGUAAUGAUGAAUAUCCUUUACCCCAGGAUAUCACCAGCUGCAUUAUCCGUGGAAAUAUCUUCUAAUUCUAUACAUAGGAUGAUUAGGAUCUGCCCGUUUGUUUAUGCACUGCUACCAUCUAGGUUAAACUAGGCUCUAUCGAACAUGCCUUUUAUCGUUUAAUGAGAUGAAGGCAGUGAUUCCCUCGUUUCAUAUUUACUAUUAUGUACCAUU